AUAAAAUACUUACAAAAUAGGCUGCUGGUCACUCCACAACUUAAUUAGUUUUUUCGCGUCUGCGCAUUUGGUUUGUUGUCGUUAUUAAUUUUAUUUGAUUUGAAUAUAGCGAAAAACUAGCUAUUACAAUUUUGCUGGGGCAAAUGUAAUUGAAAAUUGUGUCAUAUUGGGAGAGCACGUGAAAAUGUCCGUAAAUAUUACUGUGAAUGGAAAAUUUCGAGCAUGUAAUAAACCAAGCAUUUUGGACGAUCCUGUGCGUGUAAAAAAGCAACUGGAAGGUGAGCUUCGAAAACAACGUUUACUUGAGGUACGUGAAGAGUCAAAAAAGUUGGCGCGAAAAAUACGCAAUGAUGUCGCAGCGGAAAAGGAUAGACAGCUGCGAAAUCUUGAGGCUAUUAAAGCGCAGGAACUUGAAUGUUGGCGGCAACAUGUAUUGGAUCAGAAGAAUAAUGAAUAUCGGCAAGCUAUAUUUCAAAUCGGCACAGCACAUAAUGCCGCAAAAAUUGAGAACGAAGCAAUGGCAGAACGUCAAGCUGCAAAGGAGCAAGAGCGCAUACAAUUCAAAAAGAAAACCAAUGAACGGAUAGGUGCCAAACCCAAGCAAAAUGUAAAGAAGGUGCUACAAACUGCCGGCACUCAAACACCAAAUGUGCUAAUGAAAGACAAAAAGAAAAAGACACCGAAAAAACGAAGGCGAAAAAUUUGCUCAAAAGAUCACACAUCAACUUGCCACUGCACAAGUGCUGAAAGCGAAUCAGAUGAUGAUGACAGUCAGCAUAGUGAUGAAGAUGACGCCGAAAUACUAAGUGAUUCUAAUAAAAGUGAGACGACAAAAUCUGUAACAAUUUGCCCAUGUCCGAAAGUAAUCAAAUGCCCAUGCACAAGCUCCUCAUCUUCUUCGCUACUUUCGUCAACGUGUACCGACGAAGAAGAACCAGAAAAGAGUUCUAAUGUAAAAAAUAAAAAUACUGUCCUCAGCAAAAAUCCGGCUGUUAUUGUGGAUAUCGAUAUGGAUAGCAACGAUUCAAUAAGCAUAACAGCUGGUGAAAUUAAAGAUAAAUACGCACAGAGCAACCGGCAAUUUCACCAUAUUGUGCGAAAUAGUAGUCCCGAAAAGUCAAUACGUGCCCAACCAAAAAGUAGAACAACUACUACCACAGCAAAACCACGUUUCACACAAGUUUCGCAAAUUUUAAAUGCAAAAAGUGCCACCAGCGUUUCACCUACACGUUCACGUUCACCACCCAAGCCACCACCGCCAUCGCUGGCAGCCACAACGGCCAGUACGACAGUUAAAUCGCCACAUAAAAGUAGUACAUCGGGUCGCAUACAAAUUACACUUUCAGGCAACACAGUUACAAUGAAUAGCUGUAAAAGUGAUAAGGAAAAAGAUGCGCGCGAAAGUAGCAGCAAUCGUGUCCAGUCCUAUGAUUACAACAACAAAUAUACGCGGGAUUAUGCACAACCUAACGAGGGUCUGGUGCAUGAACCUACUUUUCGCGAACGUAAUGGUCCGUGUGCAGUAGCACAAGCGGAAAUGGAAAGAGAAUUAGCAUUACAAAGAGAUGAGGAGCGCAAAAGAAUGAGUGCGCGCUCGGUUGAACGUGGUCGUAAAGCGCUUGAACGUGAACAAGCACGUCGUGAUUGUGCUGAGCUUACAGAAAGGCUUGAUGCGCUAACGCAGGAAUAUCCGCAACUGCUGAAUCCGACUGAUGUUAGAAUUCAAAAUCAUCAAUUAUAUAUAAGUCGUGAAGCACGCUUAGAACAGAAACGUAAUGCAGCCGUAGAAGACCUAUUUUUGCACCCUGCAAUCAUCACCUGCCCAGAAAUUAAUAAGCAGCACAUUCGCAUUGGAAGUGCACUAGAAGGCGUCACCAGCACUAAAGCCGUUGGCGAUAAUUUGAAUUUAGCUUCACCACAUGAUCAAAUCAAUAGUUCCUCUGACAGCCGUUGCUCUAUACUGCUCGGUUAUGUUGAUGAUCAGAAGAAGAAAAUACGUAAUGAUUUGCUGAAAUGCGCUGAUGGUCAGCCAAAUCAGAAUAAACAAAAAGCUGAACGCUUAAAAAAAUUGUUGCUGCGCAUAGAUGAGUUGCGCAAAGCCUUGUGUGAAGAGCUGGAAAAAAAUGGCAGUGGUGAUAGCAUGCAGCAGGUGAUAAACGAUGUGAGUGAUGUGCGUCGCGAGCGUGAACGUAUGCUGAAUAAGGAUGUGCCGCAGGAAAAUGGCAGACAAUCGCCGUUGGCCAAGCAUUUAAAUGAUGUCGAACAAAAAGAAGCUGUUUUGGAACAAAAGCUGCGUGAAUUAUGUAAAAUGCAGAAACCACAAGGUGGCCAAGUUACCACAGAUAAAGUUCUUGGUAAACCCACGGAAAAUAUAGUGAAAAAAUCAGACGGCAAGGAGUGCAGAGUGCAGACCACAGGCAAUAAACCGUUAGAAAUCAUAAUAAAGUUGAAGAAGGAAGGCAGCCGACGUGGCAAACAGAAAGUGAAAAAGCCCACAAAGAGUCCACGAAAAGUCUCCACUUUAAUUGAUACACCGACACGCCGUUUGGGCGUUAAACGUUCCGCUAGCAAUGUGCGUGAGAAACCACAACAACAACAAAAAGUUUCUACUAAUGACAAGCAAGGUGCUAUAAAUCGACAAAAUUCUUAUGACUCCAAUUCGACAUCAUAUCGCAGUCUACCAUCUCGCAUUGCCAACGACGUGGAUGCGCUGGUCGAUCAAUUAGAAUUGAGUGAGGAGGCAGACAUUCACGGCGCUACUAAUAUACCAGUAACGGCUGUUGGCGCUGAAGCCCAGACGGCGCCACAACCAGCAAAAUCAACUCAACGUCCAGCGCGUUUGAAUCCGCUCAUAGCACACUAUGUGCAACGUCUGUUGGGUAUGUCACGUAAUUCCGUACUCGGUUUGGGCGUGAGCUCUUCGGACAUCGAAACACCCUCAUCUUCCAUUAUGAAUGUCAGUUCGAAUCGUGUAAGCGCCACUGUUAACUUGGCCGAUUCGCAAGAACGUAUACAACGUGUACAGCGGUUUAUCGAGGAAAAUCGUAGUUUUAUCAGUGAGUUGGAAGACACAUUGCGCACCCAAAGCGAUGUUACGCUUGAGACUAGCAUUCGCAUGUUUGAGGAGAUUUGGCAGCAACGACUGCGCAAGGAGCAACACAGUGGCGGUGAAAAAGCGACGAAGGAACCGCAAGUAAGACAGCGUAAGGAGAUAGCGCCAUCAGCUGCCGAUGCAAGAGCACGAGUGCCGCGCACUGAAACAGGCAAAGAGAGAUACAUGCGCGAUAACGCUGGAGUGGUGGCUCAACAAGCUAAAGUAACGCGCAAGCCAGAUAAAAGUUCAACGGAUACGCAUACACGUGCUGUGAUGGCCGAGGCGGCACCAAGUGUAAGCCAACAGCAGCGCGCGCCCGUCCAACAAACACUCGUGCCAACGGUAGUAAGAGCUAAGCAGGCGCAGGGUAAAGAUAAGCAGGUUCAGGGUCAAGCUGAGCAGCCGCAGGGUCAAGCUAAGCAAGCGCAGGGUCAGCAACCACGACAAAUCGUGCAAAUUGGUGAAAAAACAGCGCGUAUAUCAACGGAGCGCACCGCCACUACCGCCAGUGCGGAUUCGCAACCGAAACGUGAUAUUUUAGUUGACACAGAGGAGCGUCGCGCUGAAGAGCAAAUCGCACGUUAUGAGCAACUCACCGAGAACUGUACACAACGCAUCGCGGAGUUAACCGAGCUCAUACAAAAAGUGCGCACCGAAAAGAAACGCCUCAUGGAGGUCACACUCAGUUCGGUAAGUGAGGGACGCAACUCAACCGAAUACAUCGAAUUGCCCGAUGGCACGCGUCGACGCUCAAAUGCAUCCGUCGAUAGAAAUACCAGCAUCAGCAGUGGCAGCAGUGGUGGCGCAAGCGUACGCCACGCUCUGACCACACAACCAACCACCUCUAUAGACUACACACCGCCGGAUAUAUUGGAGCAGCAAGCUGCCGCUACUUCGGCGGAAGGUUUAUCAGCGCUCGACAGCGCGGCGCCGCUUGAAAAGCACAAACCAACAGGUAUGAGUCACGAUAGCGGCAUUUCCAUUUCACGCCCAUUGACAGCACAGGAUGUGGAACCACCAUCGCAAGCAUCGAGCACAACACACCCAAGCCAUCAUGGCGGUGGCGGGCGUAAGGCGCGACCCCCGCCUACUUUGCAACGUUACAGCCCUAACUUUGCCGAGGAUGAUGUAGUACACGAGCUAUCUACCAUCAUCGAGGUAGACACACCGGCUACAUCGCGCGUAAAUGCCACCACUGUUAGUGCAGCGGCCGCAGCAGCUGAGGCUUCACGCAGCAGACCUUUGCAACCGCAACCUUUCCCCACAUUCGAAGAAUAUGCGCGUGAAAUGAAUUUGGAUGUCACACAGUUGGAUGCGGACACGAGCCAACGCAUAAAUCAGGAAUUUGAAACGCUAAUCGCACAGCUGUGUAAUGCGCAGAGUGGCGCAGUGCCCGACUAUCGUGAGUUUCCGUCGCUUUCAGCCUAUCUGCGCAAUUUGAGUGUACCGCAAGAUGGCGCUGAACAGUCACAAUCGCCGGAAACUAUCGACGACUUGGUCUCCUGCCUACGCAUAGCAAAUCUCUCCAUAAAACCCUUCCCGACGCGUCAGGAAUAUUUACGCCAAUUAGCAACAAAUUCUCAGAGUGGUGAGUUUCUCGAUAGCGCCAGUCUGGAAAACAUCUCCGACGCACGUACGAACAGUAAUACAGAAACCGAAUCGGAAUCGAUAAACAUUGAAGAGGAGCUGAGACGACGUCAACUGCUACAGCAUUCAUUUCGCACGGCCAAAACAAAAGAGCAAAUAUUCUCCUCCACCGUGAGGGAUGGCGGUGAAAACGGGCGCGCCACUCAUGCACGUGCCUUCGCCGCAGAAAGCGGCAUUGAGAAGCUCUCCUCAACAUCUGAGAAUGGUUCAAGUGAAUUCGAACGUCAGCUAUUCAGUUUGGGCAUGAAGUGGCCGGCAACAAUGCGUGCGCGCACCAAAGAGGCAAAGGCGGUCGGCAAUAGUAACAGCUCAAGCAGUCCGGAGCGUGUGGCACCCACAACUGACGCCACUGCGCAGCGUAAUAGUCCGAAAAAAGGCGUCAAUAAUGCGGUACUGAAGAGUCCACAGCGCUCACCAGACUCUACAUUGCGUGGUGUCAGCCCUAAACGUGUGGAAACGGUAAAAAUCAGCGCUACUAAGGAAGUGCAAUUUGAGCGUAGUGUCGAUAAGCGCUCUCCAACCCAUAGUCCAACGCGCGAGGCAGCAAAACAAAAAUUAAGACACAGUCCUGAGCGUCUUGAGGUCAACACCAACAAAGAUACCUCACACCAAAAACAGCGAAGCAUCAAUCCCACGCCUGAUAUGUCCACUAAGGACACAGCGGGGCAUGAUGCGUCACGAAAGAAUAAAAGUUCGCAACCACGCUCUAGCGAUUGCGAGUUCCUAAGCGACUUCGGACGACCGUUAAAUUUACGCGACUUCCUCACCAAAGAGCUGCUGAAGCAUGCCAGUUCUUCGAGCACAUCAUCCACUCCUACAGAUGAAUCGUUGCGCAGUGCCUUCCUGCAAUCCAUCAUUGAAACGAUGACACCACGUACCAAUAACGGCGGCAGCAAUCAACUGGACAGACAGAAGACUUCCACGCCGGUUACACAUUCCGCCAGCUCGAAUGCGCAAAGUAGCGGGGAGCAUAGUGUAAGCAGCACAACCAAUACACAAUCACAACUAUUCUCCGGCGAAAGUUGCAUAUCUUCGGUGCGCUUCUUCGAACGCUCGAUAACGCGCACAUAUCCGCGAAAUUCGCCAACCACUGCCGGUGAUGCACAAAAGAAAGUGACAGAGGAGCAACCAGAUGACAAUAAUGCCAGCCAAAAAUAACGUUUUUGUCUGUGACUUCGGUGUCCGCGCAUGCGCUUACAUAGCUAUAUAUAAUAUAUUUAAUUUAGUUUUAACAUUUUGCAUCUUUGUUUUACCUACACACAAAAUCAUUAGUUAAUUGUGCAACCCAUUGAUGACAUAUAGCGACAAAUACAUACAUACAUACAUACCAAUAUAUAUUUAAGUAGAUAAUAAGCCACUUUGUUAUCAGUAUGAAUACCUAUUUGUUAAAGAUUUAUAAUGAUUGCAUGCAUAACGAUUUUACAUAUAUCCAAGCCAUUUUGGAUCUUGUAUUGGACGCAGACAGCCGAUGUGCCAACGUCUGUAGAUGAUUUUUAUUUGUUCGAAAGCAAUAUUGAUAAAGACACACAUUGUUUGUUAAUUAAUUAAGACGAGAAGCAGCGCAAGAGUUAUGUAAAAUGCAAUAAAAAUAAAUAGAAUAUAUUGUGUAUACAUGUA